AUGGCCGCCACGCCGGUCGCCGAGCCGGGCGAGCGGAACAUCUUCCGCAUCCCGCGCGCCGGCGAUGUGCGCAUGCAGACGCUGACGCGGGCGGGCGGCGAGACGGGCUGGCCCUUCACCGUCGAUGAAGGGCUCUUGAUGUGCGUGUUCGUGGCCGGCCGGCCGACCGUCUAUUUCGCCGUCGUCGAAGAGCAUGACGAAUGGCACGAGGACCCGCCGGUGCGGAUGGUGAUCGUGUCGACCGAUCCGUUCGACGCGACGCUCGCCAACAUGGCCGUCAACGACCUGAUCGUCGAGACCGGCGGGCCUGCGGAGCGCAUGGCGCUGUUCGCGCCGUUCGAGCGAAUGGGACGGCGGCUAAUUGUAGGAAAGCCGAUGCUGUUGAUCCAUUGCCCCUAUUGCGGGGAAGCGCGCCCGGAGAUCGAGUUCCGCCACGCCGGCGAGGCCCAUAUCGCCCGGCCCGCCGACAUCGCCUCGCUGACCGACGAGGAGUUUUCGCGCUUCUUCUUCUACCGCGACAACCCCAAGGGCAUCACGUUCGAGCGCUGGCGGCACUUGCAUGGCUGCGCGCGUUUCUUCAACGCCGCGCGCGACACGGUGACCGACAAGUUCCUCGUCACCUACCCGGCGGGCGAAGCGAAGCCGGACCUGGUCGAGGCGGCCAACGAGAAUGCGAAGGGGCCCAACCGCGUCGACGGUGCCGGGCGUCUGACGCCGGCCAAUCCGGUCCGGUUCAGCUUCGACGGCGAGACCUAUCACGGGCUCGCCGGCGACACGCUGGCCUCGGCGCUGCUGGCCAACGACAUUCACCUUGUCGGCCGGUCGUUCAAAUAUCACCGGCCGCGCGGCAUCCUGACCGCCGGGCCCGAGGAGCCGAACGCGCUGGUCGGCAUUGCGCGCGGCGCGGCCCGCCGGCAGCCCAAUGUGCGCGCCACGGUGCAGGAAAUCCAUGACGGGCUCGACGCGACCAGCCAGAACCGCUGGCCGUCGCUGACCGCCGAUGUCGGCGAAGUGAACGACUGGAUGUCGCCGGUGUUCGCGGCGGGCUUUUACUACAAGACCUUCAUGUGGCCGAAAAAGGCCUGGGACACGGUCUAUGAGCCGAUCAUCCGGCGCGCGGCGGGCCUUGGCGUCGCGCCCGAUCAGCCGGACCCGGACCGCUAUGCGGCGCGUUACGCCCAUUGCGACGUUCUGGACGGCCAUCGGUGGGCGACCGAAACGGCGGCGAAGCUGGCGGCGAUGGACAAUGUGCGCGUGCUGCCGAGGACGACCGCGUUCGGCUAUUAUGCGCAGAACUUCGUCGCGCUCGCCGAACGGCUGACCGACCAUCUGGACGAGCCCGCCCCCUCCAUGGCGCGUGAGCGGCUUUGGCAGGUUCGGGCCAAGCGCGUGGUCAUCGCUACCGGCGCCAUCGAGCGGCACAUGGUGUUCGCCAACAAUGACCGGCCGGGCAUCAUGCUGGCUUCGGCGGCGCGGCAUUAUCUGAACCAUUACGGCGUUUUGAUCGGCCGCACGGUCGGCGUCUACACGGCCAACGAUUCAGCCUAUGCGGCGGCGUUCGAUCUCAAGCGCGCCGGCGCGGAGAUCGCGGUCAUCGCCGAUAUCCGCCAAACGGUCGAUCCAGCGCUGCUGGAAGAGGCGGGCCGGCUCGGCAUCCGCGUUCUCACCCAUCACGCGGUGGUCGCCGCCGGCGGCAAGCUGCGGGUCUCGUCCAUCGUCGUCCGGCCGUGCCGGGGCGGCAGCCGUCAGGUGAUCCCGGUCGAUGCGCUGAUCAUGUCGGCGGGCUGGACGCCGUCGGUGCACCUGUUCUCGCAAUCGCGGGGCAAGCUGCGGUUCGACGAGGACGGCCAGCGCUUUCUGCCCGGUGAAUAUGCGCAGGACUGCGCGUCGGCGGGGGCCUGCAACGGCGCCGCAAACCUGGCCGCAACGGUGGAAGAGGGCCUUGCGGCGGGCGAAGCGGCGGCCAAAGCCGCCCGACCCAAGGCCACGGCAAAACCACUCUCGAUCAAGGCCGAGUCCGGCGGCUCGUGGGACGGGCUGAUGCUCGGCGCCGGGCCGAACCCGGAGGCGGGCAAGGUGGUCAAGGCGUUCGUCGAUUUCCAGAACGAUGUCACCGAAAAGGACAUUCGGCUGGCGGUGCGCGAGGGCUUCCAUUCCAUCGAGCAUGUCAAGCGCUUCACCACCAACGGCAUGGCGACCGACCAGGGCAAACUGUCCAACAUGCACGGGCUGGCGAUUGCCGCCGAGGCGCUCGACCGGCCAAUACCCGAAGUGGGGCUGACGACCUUUCGCGCGCCCUAUACGCCGGUGACCUUCGGCACGAUCGUCGGCCAUGGGCGCGGCGCGCUGUUCGACCCGACCCGGCGCACGCCGAUGCAUGAGAGCCACGAACGGGCGGGUGCGGUGUUCGAGGAUGUCGGCCAGUGGAAGCGGCCCUGGUACUAUCCGCGCGCCGGCGAGGACAUGGCGGCGGCGGUCAACCGCGAAUGCGUCACGGUUCGCAAAAGCGUCGGCAUGUUCGAUGCCUCCACGCUCGGCAAGAUCGAAGUGGUCGGCCCGGACGCGGCGGCGUUCCUGCACCUGAUCUACACCAACCCGUUCAUGAAGCUCGGCGUCGGCCGGCUGCGCUAUGGCAUCAUGUGCCGCGAGGACGGCUUCAUCUAUGACGAUGGCGUGGUCGGGCGGAUCGCCGAGGACCGUUUCCAUGUGACGACGACCACCGGCGGCGCGCCGCGCGUCCUCAAUCACAUGGAGGACUAUCUGCAGACCGAAUUCCCGGAGAUGAAGGUCUGGCUGACCUCGACAUCGGAACAAUGGGCGGUGAUCGCGCUGCAGGGUCCGAAGGCGGCGGAAGUGCUCGCGCCGUUCGUCGGCGGCUUGGAUCUGUCGAAGGAGGCGCUGCCCUUCAUGAGCGUUGCCGAAGGCACGUUCGCCGGCGUGCCGAUGCGUCUUUUCCGCAUGUCGUUUGCCGGCGAGGACGGCUUCGAGAUCAAUGUGCCGGGCGAUUAUGGCCGGGCGGCAUGGGACGCGCUGCACGACAAGGUCGCCGAGGCCGGCGGCUGCGCCUACGGCACCGAGACGAUGCAUGUGCUGCGCGCCGAAAAGGGCUACAUCAUCGUCGGGCAGGACACGGACGGCACGGUGACGCCGCACGAUGCGGGCCUUUCCUGGGCCGUCGGCAAGGCAAAGGACGAUUUCGUCGGCAUUCGCGGUCUCAAGCGGCCCGAUCUGGCCGGCGGGGGGCGGCGGCAGCUUGUCGGCCUGAGAUCGAAGGACGGCAGCACCGUGCUCGACGAAGGCGCGCAGAUCGUCGCCGAUCCGAACCAGCCGCCGCCGAUGGACAUGAUCGGCUGGGUGUCGUCCUCCUACUUGUCGGACAAUUGCGGCGGGCCGAUCGCCAUGGCGCUGGUCGAGGGCGGGUUCGACCGGAUGGGCGAGACGCUUUACGUGCCGAUGCCGGACGGCGUCGUCGAGGUCGAAGUGCGCGACACCAAUUUCUGGAACCCGGACGCGGAGUCAGACAAUGGCUGA